AUGGCUCCCCGUGAGGAGAUCAUCGCGUCUGCUUUGUCUGCUAACUAUGGAAUAGUUCUACAAGACCCAUCAGUGGCCUCAUCGCCUAUCGAGAAGAGAGUCGCAUUCCUACAAUCGAAAAAUUUAACUCAAGAAGAAGUCGACCUCGCUUUAUCGCGAGUGGGUGAAGACCCAGCAGCCGCCGCCGCCGCCACUGGCGCGGUGGCAUCACCACGAGCCCCCUCUUCACAACAACUCGCCUACCGGCCACCACCACAGGCCCCCCAAGGAUUUGGCUAUCCUCCAUACAACCAAUGGCAACCACCUCCAGAGCCGCCGAAGCGUGACUGGCGUGAUUGGUUUAUCAUGGCGACAGUAGUUGGUGGUGUAGGAUAUGGAUUAUAUUCCGUAACCAAGCGCUAUAUCACCCCAUUGAUUGCCCCGCCAACUCCUCCUCAGCUGGAACAAGAUAAGGAGAACAUCGAUGAGCAAUUCUCUCGGGCAUUCGAUUUGAUUGAACAACUAUCCACCGAUACUGCAGCCUUAAAGGCCGCCGAAGAUGCUCGUACUGAGCGCUUAGAUACCGCUCUUAAGGAUGUUGAAAGUCUUGUAGCAGAUUUGAAGACAUCUUCGCGGCGGAGGGAUGAUGAAACUCGCCGAAUUAGUGAUGAAGUCAAGUCACUGAAGGAUGCCAUUCCCAAGGCUCUCGAAGGCGCUCGGGAGGGUAAUGAGAACCGACUGAAGGAACUUGGAACCGAACUGAAGAGUCUGAAGGUUCUUUUGGGUAACCGCCUAGGUGGUAGUGGCGCUGUUCCUGCUACUGGCAGAACUUUGGGAAGCUCUACUCCUAUUCCAACCCCCGUUCCCACCCCGACACCCGCUCCCGUCCCAUCUAUGGCAUCUCCGUCAGUCCCAGCUGAAACAACCGCUGCUUCCUCUACCCCGAACGGUCUGCAGGCAACUGUAACCUCACCAGAACAAGAGACCCAGUCCUCGGUAAGCACUCCCGCCGCUCCCAGCCAGGGCAGCCCCCUUUCGCAACUCGGUCGCUCGGCUUCAAUCCCGGCCUGGCAAAUGGCUGCCGCCAACCGAACCAAGAGCUCCUCACCAGCAAGCCCAGCCGUGACUGCUAGUGAUAAACCAGCUGGUACAACCGAUGAGCAAACUGCCCCGCCUAGCUAG